UCGCCGUUCACGAUCUCCAGUGUUCUCCUUCCACUACCAAUCCAAGGGAGCCCUACGUCAGUUGACGUUGAUGCUCGCACUGGAUCUCCCCCUUUUGGAGGUCAUUCAAUAUUGACGCUCGACGUUUACGUCCCUUGCGCUCCCCCCGGGCCUGUGGCGACACUGGUCGCGCGUGCACGCGUUGAUGCUGAACUCAGCACUUAUGAGCUUCUGACUUCACUCCUCCACGCUUUUUCAGCCGAUCUAUUUCUAUCUUGACAGUCUUUAUGAACAAGCGUCUCCGUGACGGAUGGAGACGGACGCGCCAUCGGGCGUCGGCUCUGCUGUGCUCAGCAACCUUGCGCAAGACAGAAAACAAGUGCAGAUGACGAAGCAACGACAGCAGACCCCGGAGCCCCAUUCACAAAAACUAGUACACGGGCUAACACUACCACUGUUUGCCAUGUCGUACUCCACUGAUGAGCAUCGUUAGCCGGGGUCUCGAACUCACGGAUUGUGUGCCGAAAUGGUUUCAUCCGACCGACUCGACUCCCUUCCCUAAUUCGAAUGACCGUGAUGAGAGGGUGGUGAGACUGCGCAGCCAGUGAGAUAGGCUGUACAGAUGGAGGAAUCGGGAAAGACAGACUGCAAGUUGGCAGGAUACAACGUGAUGCCAUAUAUAUGAGUCGAUGUUCACUAUGGAUGACUCACAACAGAGCAAAGCGCUAUCUUGCUACGCUC